GGGGGUGAGAGGACACACCAGCAUCCUUCCAGCACCCAGCGAGCUCCUCGGGGCACCCCACCACUCCUGACCACAGAGUCCCAGGGACAGCCAUGGCAGGGAAGGGGGAGCUCAACCGCAUCAUCAAGGACCUGCAGAAGACUGUGGCCGAGCUGAACCACAGCUACAGAGAGCAGAACAUGCCAGUGACAGAUGGGAGUCGGGAGCUGCACAGCCUCUGUGCCCAGCUGGAAUUCCUCCUCCAGUUCGACCUGAAGGAGAAGAGGAGCUUCUUUGGGCAGCGUAAGGACUAUUGGGACUUCUUGUGCCAGGCCCUGGCACGGUGCCGGCAGGAGCACGCAGGUGUUCGCUUCGUCACCUCUCUGGACAAGCUGAAGACUGCCGUGGGCAGGGGCCGAGCCUUCCUGCGGUACUGCCUGGUUCACCGACAGCUGGCAGAGUCCCUGCAGCUCUGUCUCCUAGACCCGGAGAACCUCCGUGAGUGGUACUAUGCUCGCAGCCCCUUCCUCAGCCCCCAGCACCGGGUGGAGAUCCUAAGCAGCCUCUACGAGUUGGACAGCGUCACCUUCCACCUGGCCCUGCACAGAGCUGACCUGGACACUGCCUGGCCCAUGUUCUCUGAGACACUGGUACGGCCCAGUUGGGUGGCAGGAAGCAGCCCAGUAAAGACUGCCCCACAGAAAGAUGAUACCAGCACUGUGGUGCAUGAGUGUCCCAGUAGCAUCAACCAUCCCACCACAGCACCCCAUGGAGUGCCAGCUCACCUGUGUCCCCCCACCUUGGCUGCCCUACGCACUGAAAGUGUAGAGGUGGAGGAUGUGGAAAGAGAUGUGGAGGAUGUGGACUGGAAGAAGGAUAUGGAAGAGAAAGAUGAAGAAAAGGUGAGGGAUCAGGAAGAGAAAGAAAAUGAAGAGGAGGAGGAGGAGGAAGUGGAGGUGCAGGAUGUGGCGCUGGAAGAGGAUAUGGAAGAAAAGGAUGAAGAAGAAUUGCAGGAGGAUGAGAAGGAUCUGAAGGAUGUGGAUGUAGAGGAGCUGGAGGAUGCACGCAGCAUUGGCAAAGCACCCCAGACCUCUGGUGAUUGGGAGCCUGGCACAUCGACACCACCCACCACGGGCUGCAUGCCAGGCUCCCCGCCACCAGGGUGCAGGCAGCCAGGUGGGACAGAGGCAUCUCUGCAGGUGCUGGUGUCCAGGCUGCAGACCAAGCUGGGGCAGCAGGAAGCUGCACUGCAGGCACUGGCAGCCCAAUUGGCACAGGAGAAGCGUCGGAACCAGCAUCAGGAGGAGAGCAGUGCCCAGCAAGCCCAGCUGCAGGCAUGUGAGGCUGAGGCACUAAGGGAGACCAACCUGUUCCUGGAGCAGGCACUGGCAGAGGCAGUGGCAGCAGGGGAACCAGGGGCGCUAGCACAAGCACAGGAGGAGGCGCAGGCCUGGCGAGAAGUGGCGGAGGAGCGAGGUGCCCAGCUGGCUGGGGCACUGGCAGAGGUGGCAGCACUGGCUUCACGCCUGCAGGACUGUCAGGCAGCACUGGCAGCUGUGGGACAGACAGACACACUGGAUGAUGCCAGUACCCUGCAUGAAGUGGGCACCAUUGAGAACGUGUUACGACAGGCACUGGAGCUUGCCCAUGGUCCCCAGGAGCCCCUACUGGACCACCAGGCAGAGGAGAAGCCCACUACAGCCACCAGCAUGGCCAUGCGUUUGGCCACCCUGGCUGCCACAGCACGGAAAGAGGCCCAGCAGAGCCAGCAUCAGUUCCAGGCCCAGCAGCACGAGGUGGCACGGCUGCAGGAACAGCUCAGCAGGGCACGGCAGGAUGGGGAGCGCUGGGCGUCAGCACUGCAGCGAGCACAGAAGGAGAACCUGGAGCGGGAGGCCACGCGUGGUGCUGAGCAGGCGCGGCAGCAGGAGCUCAUCCGUGACAUGAAGGGGCGGCUGCUGGAGCUGCUGCGGGAGAAGGAUGCCCUGUGGCAGAAGACGGAGGGCAUUGAGCCGCCAGCCGCCGGCGCGGCGCAGCGCGGUGCGGGGCUGUGUGCCUGCUGCCGCAAGGAUUUCCGCCUCCUCUCCCGGCGCUACAGCUGCAGGCUGUGUCAAGGCAAGGUGUGCCCAGCGUGUUCCGUGGACGUGGGGAAGCAAGGGCGCUGCUGCCUGCUUUGCUACCAGCACGGGCACUCACAGGCUCCAUGA